AUGCCUGCCCGUUGCCUCCUCCUCCUCCUCCUAGGGCUGCUCCUGGUGCUGGAGCCUGCCUGCUGCCAGGAAGCCAAGGGCAGUCUCCAGCCAUGGUCACAGGGUGUCAUCGCAGUGGUUGUGUUUCUAGUCCUGGUGGCCAUCGCUUUUGUGGUCAAUAGGUUCUGGUGUAAGGAGAAAGUGGAAAACGUCGAGACAGUGGUGAGUGUUGAGGACAAGAAGGAGUCUGUCACGUCUAACAGCCACGAUGGGAAAUACCUAACUGCUGCAGCUGACUUCAGGUCCAAAGAGAACGAGCACGCAUACGAGAACACCCUGGAGCCUGAGGAGAGGGUGAUCACCACCGCCAUGUAG